UGCAUAUAAUACAGACUUGUAUACGAGUUUCCAACAGGCCAGUAAACAUGCUCAAGGCCUGGUUGCCAUCGCUCUCUUUAUGGAGGUUGGUGACAAACCGGGAAAAGAGCUCUUGGUCAUUUCCAAGGAAUUUCUUGAAGUUCGAUAUAAAGAUUGGGCGGUAAAUAUAUCGGGUAUUUCCGUCAGUAACCUUCUGCCGGACACGGAAGGUUAUAUCACGUACGAAGGGUCAUUGACACAGCCAGGAUGUUACGAGACGGUUACGUGGAUCAUUAUGAACAAACCUAUUUACGUAACAAAGAAACACAUGGCGAAUUUACGGAUGGUUAACCGCUCAGAGAAAAACAGCGCUAAUCAAUGGGAGAUGUAUGACAAUCGCCGCCCAAUACGACCGCUAUACCACCGCGCUGUCAGGACCAAUAUCAACUUCCCUAAAAGAACACCGGCUUGCAAUAUGGAACGGGUAAAGAAAUAUAAAGUUAACAAGAUAUUCAAAGGGAGGUAACUUCCACAGACUGCCCAAGUGUAUCUUGCCAUGUGGUUAUCUCCCAUGUACCAGAGGAAAAUGGAUUUACUUUUCUUGCGGGAAGGAAGUUGAUGGUAU